UGUUUAUGUUAUGUUUGGCCAGAAAUAAACAAGGAUCACAUAUUCAUAUGUAUCUUACUCAAGAUAAAACGACGAGAAUGGGUCCAAUAAGGAAGCUACCCCUUAUCAGUACCACCGUGUCUGUAGGUUGCAAAACUUCUGCUAAACGAUGAAACUCCCACCCGCGAGACCCCUCCGAUCAUUACACGUGCCAACUCUCGUCAACCACACGUGCCACCUUGAGCCUCUAACUGCAACCGUAUUCUCACCCUCUCCCAAUACUACACUCAAAAUGGUUGAUUAUAAAUACGAAACGCGUGCCACACAAGGAAACGGAACCAUAACCGCUCAAACUCUCGCUCACAUGGAAUCUCCACAUCUCGAAACUGAAACAAAAAUGGAAGAAAAAGAAGCGAUUAAAACCGAGAGCGAGUUCCGAUCAGAGUUUCUACAAAUGCUCCGUAAGAGACGAACUCCUCAAGUUCCGUUAACGGUUGAAAUCGCAAAACCAGUAGCGGAUGCUUGGUAUCUGAAUUCUCCACCGUCAAUGGAUGAGGAGAUUAUGAAAUCCUGUCCUAAGAAAGACAUUGAGAACUUCAAAGAUUUGCUCAAGGAGGAGAAUCUGUUUUUAAAUAUAGAGGAAGGAGAACAAGGAAAGUUGCCUGUGUUAAUUUUGAGCUUGAAGGAAAGUGAUAAAGAGAUAAAAAGACCUGCAGUUGUUUUCCUUCACAGUACAAACAAGUAUAAAGAAUUUUUGCGUCCAUUGCUAGAGGCAUAUGCUUCGCGGGAUUAUAUAGCAAUUUCGGUUGAUUCUCGUUACCAUGGUGAACGAGCGAAGAGCGCCCCCACCUAUCGCGAUGCUCUUAUUUCUGCAUGGAAAACCGGAGACACAAUGCCAUUCAUAUAUGACACGGUAUGGGACUUGAUUAAAUUGGCAGAUUAUCUAACACAGAGAGAAGAUAUAGACCCCUCUAGGAUAGGAAUCACUGGAAUAUCACUUGGAGGAAUGCAUGCAUGGUUUGCUGGAGCUGCUGAUACUCGCUAUGCAGUAGUUGCUCCUUUAAUUGGCGUUCAGGGAUUUCGAUGGGCCAUAGACAAUGAUAAGUGGCAUGAACGAGUUGAAAGUAUAAAACCUGUUUUUGAAGUGGCUCGUGAUGAUUUGGGUAAAAGUGGUAUUGACAAAGACGUAGUGGAGAAGGUGUGGGACAGGAUUGCACCUGGUUUAGCUUCCAAUUAUGAUUCUCCCUACUCAAUUCCAUCUAUAGCGCCCCGUCCUCUACUUAUUCUAAAUGGUGCGGAAGAUCCUAGGUGUCCCCUUGCCGGAUUGGAAAAUUUAAGGUUAAAAGUAAGUCAGAUAUAUGCAGAGUUUCAAUGCUCCGAUAAUUUUAAGUUUAUUGGAGAACCUAAAAUUGGGCAUCAAAUAACAAAAUUUCAGGUGAAAGAGUCGUCUGAUUGGUUUGACAAGUUUCUAAAGCCUCAGCAGCUUGAGCCUAAAUUUUAAAAUUGUAAACAAGCUCUCUCUGGCUCAUUUCAGUUGCCUUUGUAUGAUUAUGUGUAUCCUGUUAUAAUUUUUCUACUUAAUAUAUCCCCUGGUUCAUGUAGCCCAUAGUCCGUGUUAACCAUGUUAUAAUUUUCUAAUUAAUGUAUCUUCCACAAAUCCAUGUUAUCCCAAUAAAAUGUACACAGUAGAACCAUAGUUUUAUGAUUCUAACUUAUGCAUGAAGACAUGAUUCUUUUUUA